GUUUGGUUCCAUAUUUUAUGUUCUUGUUUAGGAAAGCAAUAGUAGACGUUUUUUGGGUAAGUUUUGAGGACACUCAACACUCGCAGUUACUCAAGAACACAUUCGCUUUGCGGAGGGAAAAAAAACAAUGGCCGUCUCUUUCUAUCCUGCAAUUUCUUCUGGUCUACAUACCCGAGCUGGGUUCACACAGUCAUCUUUAAGCUGUGCGAACAAUGUUUUCGCUGGUUUAAGAGUUCAAACUCCAACAGAUUUUCCUGGACGGGCAAAAAAUACAAAUUUUGAAUUUCACAACAAGGUGUAUAGAAGCGUCAUGUCCAGAGCUUGUAAAAGUAAACCGACUCGUGGACAACUUUCCAUGAUGCCUGUAGGAACACCACAAGUGCUUUACCGAAACCCAGUGGAAGGGUCUUGGCAAUGGGUUGACUUGUGGAAUGCUCUUUACCGUGAACGUAUUAUUUUCAUUGGUCAAGAGAUUGAUGAAGAAUUCAGCAACCAGCUACUGGCUACAAUGCUUUAUCUUGAAAGUGUUGAUGAGUCUAAGAAAUUGUAUAUCUACAUUAAUGGCCCUGGUGGUGAUCUUACACCAUGCAUGGCCAUAUAUGACACAAUGCAAACUUUAAGAAACCCUGUUUGUACACACUGUGUGGGACUUGCCUACCAUCUUGCUGGGUUUCUUCUGGCAGCUGGGGAUAAGGGUAAGCGUUCUUCAAUGCCUCUUUCAAGAAUUGCAUUAUCGUCUCCGGCUGGUGCUGCUCGUGGUCAGGCUGAUGACAUACGCAAUGAAGCAAAUGAACUUAUCAGGAUUAGAGAUUACCUAUUUGACGAGUUGGCUGCUAAGACAGGCCAUCCUGUUGAAAAGAUCCGCAAGGACUUGAGCCGGCUGAAGCGUUUUGAUGCCUCACAAGCUCUUGAAUAUGGUCUUAUAGACCAUAUAGUUAGGCCUUCAAGUUUGGAGGAUGAUAGCGUUAGGAAGGACUCUACAGUGGGUCUUGGUUAGUUUGUAUGUAGUGGCUCAACGGGACUACAUUAAUGUUUUUUUUAGUAUCAUAUUUGGCUUGAAGUGGGCAAAGAUGAUAUGUUGAUUAAUACGUGUCCUGAUUGUGCUGUUAAGUUAGUCAAUCCACGGCUUUAGAAAAACAUCAGAUCGCCUUUUUAUCAGCUGAUCUUUGCAAAUAUUUUUAUGUUCUAUUAAUUCAUUUAAGCUUUCUACCAAAAAAAUACAUUUAAGCAUACACUCGUCACUUUUAUUAUUUAUUAUUUAUUAAUGCAAGUAGCUGUUAUACUGUAAAAAAGCUAAGACUUCAUUCGUCC